CAGCAGCAGCAAACAACAAAAGCAACAACAACAAGCGAGCAACAAGCAGCGGCUGCCAAAAUGGAUGCAGAGGAGCCAAGCGUCCCACAGAAAUCAACAACAACUUCAACAAACCCCAACAAUGCGAACUACAAUGCGAUGAGCUCCAAUCACUCAAAGCUAACAGCGCCAGAGAGCGAUGUGAGAGCAGCGCAGGCAGCCACAGCUUCAAAGCCGGAGGCUGGCAGCGAUGAGGAAUACCAUCCGCCCACAAGCUAUCUGGAGACAAUCGUGCAUCUGUUCAAGGGCAACAUUGGACCAGGCCUCUUUGCCAUGGGCGACGCGUUCAAGAACGGCGGCUUGAUAGUGGGGCCGCUGCUCACCGUUGUGAUUGCGGUAAUUUGCAUCCACUGCCAGCACGUGCUGAUCGCCUGCUCGAAGAAGAUGCGUGAUCUGCGCGGCGAUGCCGUCUGCGCCGACUAUGCAGCGACUGUCGAGCAGUGCUUCGAGAAUGGGCCGAUCAAGCUGCGUGGCUGGUCGCGCACCAUGGGCCGAUUGGUGGACGUGUUCAUCUGCGUGACCCAGCUGGGCUUCUGCUGCAUCUACUUCGUGUUCAUCAGCACCAAUGUGAAGCAGAUCCUGCAAGCGUACGGCAUUGACAUGGAUGUGCAUCUGGUGAUGCUGCUGGCCCUCGCGCCUGUGCUGCUCAGCUCCCUGAUAACGAAUCUCAAAUGGCUGACGCCGGUGUCGCUGUUCGCCAAUGUCUGCAUGAUCCUUGGACUGGCCAUCACGCUGUAUUAUGCCCUCAAGGAUGGGCUGCCGGAGGUGACGGAACGCGCCUACUGGACGAACGGCUCCCAGCUGGCGCUCUUCUUCGGCACCGCCAUCUUUGCCUUCGAGGGCAUUGCCCUGGUGAUGCCGCUGAAGAAUGCCAUGCGCAAGCCCCGCCAGUUUGAGAGCACGCUGGGCGUCCUCAAUGUGGGCAUGUUUCUCGUCUCCGUCAUGUUCAUGUUCGCCGGAUCCGUCGGCUACAUGAAAUGGGGCGAACAGGUCGGCGGCAGUCUAACACUCAAUCUCGGCGAUACCAUCCUGGCCCAGUCGGUUAAAUUGAUGGUGUCCACGGGCGUAUUGCUCGGCUAUCCGCUGCAGUUCUUUGUCGCCGUGCAGAUCAUGUGGCCGAGCGCCAAACAGGUGUGCGGCAUCGAGGGCCGCUCACUGGCCGGCGAGCUGAUCUUUCGCUGUCUGCUGGUGCUUUUGACGCUGGCCAUAGCGGAGCUGGUGCCGGCAUUGGGGCUAUUCAUCUCGCUGAUUGGAGCCCUGUGCUCGACGGCCUUGGCGCUGGUCUUUCCCCCGGUCAUCGAGCUGAUCGCGCGCAGCGAACCGAACAAGGGGCCCGGCGUUUGGAUCUGCCUCAAGAAUCUAAUCAUUUUGAUCCUGGCCCUAAUGGGCUUCUUCACCGGCUCCUACGAGAGCCUCAAACAGAUUGUCAAGCACUUCGGCGAGGAGGAGCUCCAUUAGCAACGCGACUGCGACUCAGCCCGUGCCCCACAAAGUAACAGGCUCGAAUAGCCUUAACAUAGAUUAUUAACUAUAUAUAUAUCUUAUGCGUAUCGGUCAUGCGAUACCACCACUAUACACAUAUAUAUCUGAUACGAGUGCCACGAAUGAGACGACGAUAUAUGACAGUUACUUAUGAAUCAUGUGCCGCGAAAUAGUUUUUAGUUUCAGUUCGUCUCGUGAAGAGCAAAGUUUUUUUUUGUUUUUAUUUUAGCAUCUUUUUUUUACAUAUAUUAUAUAUAAAUAUUUACUUCAUAAGUGUAAAUAAAUGAUGGGUUCAUAGCCCGCAA